AUGCUCGAGUCCUGUGAAUGUCUACUACAAGGUGACUCGCAAUUCAACCUGCGACUUCUACACUCCAAACCAUGGCGAACACCACCAAGCAUCGCCUCUCGCAGCAUUAUAGCACCGCAUACUGCAAUCACCACCUCCAGCACGACCAACCCUCGCCACACCUACACCAUGUCCCACUCUCUCAAGAAGAAAGGCGACUCUCACAAGUCGAGCCACCCCAAAGGCACCACGGCGAAGCAGUACAACGUAAAUCGUCGCCUAUACCCAUACCCAGACCCUGAAGAUGACAAGUUCGCCUCGGGAACCAUUCGAGUCCACUCCAUCGAGGGACUCAACCCAAGAGAGCGGAUUCUGGAGAGCUGGACCCGCUGCAGAAAGCCCAAGGGCAGGCUCGAUGGGACUUGUGUAUCAGGUCACGCAGGGUAUUAUGUGCGACUCCAGAACGGUGAGCUGAAGGCAGCGAUCAAGCUGUACGGCGCGACCUGUGAGCACGAUGGCCAGGGCGGAGUUGGAGACGAGGAAGAAGGCGGGAAGAAAGAAGGAGGAGAGGGAGAUGGAGAGAAGAAGGAAGGAGCUGCUGGUACUGGGGCCUGGCCGGGAUGGGAUGGGAUAAAAUUCGCUGCGCUUGUGUGA